CUGGUACUCCACUUCACAUUGGAAUUAAUCAUAUAAUGGACAAAAACAGCAGCUUUUAUCUGUGGGUCAUGUUUGUUUGUUUGUUUGUUUGUUUACUUAUUUGCUUACAUUUUAGGGCUUACCACGCCAAAUCUGUGGAAAUGACUGUGGCAUUUUUGUGCUUAUGUAUACCCUUUCCAUUAUAUCAGGCAUGGAGUUUGAAUUCCAGGAGAUGGACAUGCCUUUGAUUCGAAAGUGGUGGUGUCUUCUACUCAUGGAACGCUUCAAAAUAGAAGGCCAUGGCCAAAGGUUUGCUUUCUGGACGGAUGAGGCCAGAAAAUUGCUCCAGGGAACCCUUCAGCCAGUAUACCGAGUUGCAAGACAGCACCAGUCCACAUGCAGGCUGUCAUUGACCGCACUGCAGAUGAAAAGAGACUGGUGGACUUCACUGUGCAAUCAGAGGGAGCUGAGCAGCGUUUGUCGGGUGUGCUCAACGGGAAGCCUUCAGAGUGGAUUCCUCUUAAGCCCUCUUCCCAGGUGCCUGUCUACCUCGACUGUGAAGUCAUUACUGCAUAGAACACCAACACAACUAAGCUUCACGGAUGAAGUGCAGUUCAUCUUUGGUGUUCUGUUUCCAGAGGCCAUCAUAUAUGGCCUAGCUGUGUUGAAAAAUCUAUCCUGGCAGCAGGCCAAGCAGGUCUUCCUCUGUGGUCCAGUUCAUCACCACAGUGAAGUGGAGGAAUUCAACAGACUGACAGACAAACAACAGAAGAAAGAAGGGAGACCAUUCAAUUGGUAGGUAGUGAUGUAACCUAAUUCACAAAGUGGGGUUUGAAGAGCGCUGUGAUUGGUCGAGCUCCGCUUUAGCCCCGCCCACCUCCACCAUUCUGCAGCGGCAAUGCUGCACGAGAGGAGCGUCUCACCGAAACCGAAAGCAGGGAGUUUCCUCACCAAGCAG